UCCGGACGCGAUCUUCAGACAAAGGAGGUUCUUGAUGAUGACUUGGAAUGCGCUUGUACUGACGGCACUGGCGGUCCAUGGAACGGGUGUACAAGCCUCGGACAGCAAUCCGUGCGCAAUGGACUUUGAAAGGUCCAAUGCAGCGUUGAAUUUAAUCCACGUGUGCUCGUUGAAUACCACGCAGCCGCGCAUCCUGUGCUUUGUCAACACGAUCUCUCCAAACCAUGACACAAAGGCGCGCACGAUCAAGGAAACGUGGGGCAAGCGGUGUGAUAAGCUUGUGUUCAUGAGCAACGUAACCGACGACGCGCUGGGGGCAGUCGCCAUCGAUCACGUGCCGUCGGACCACAACCACUUGUGGCAAAAGCACAAGGCGAGCAUCGAGUAUAUAUGGGACAGGUACCGCCACGAAUUCGAAUGGUUUUACAAAGCCGACGACGAUGCGUACGUGAUCAUGGAGAACCUGCGGGCGUACCUGCGGAGCCCCGAGAUUGUCAUGCAGCAAGACGUGGUGCCGCUUCAAUUGGGUCACCGAUUUCGAUUGACCGACGACCUGAUUGAAUACUACGUUGGCGACAGGCUUCUGCUAGACGCGUACCAGCAGCGAUGGCCACAUUGGUGGGUGUUCAACUCUGGAGGGCCAGGUGUCGCCAUGAAUAGUCUGUUCAUGCAGCUGGCCGUCCAGUUGUUUCCGCAGUGGACAUGCUUGAGAGACGAACACAGCCAAAUGCUUCCAGACGAUGCUGCGAUUGCGUUUUGCAUGGCGUGGUACGACGUAUUUCCUCCAAAUACAAGGGAUCUGCGCGGUCGGGAACGAUGGCAUGCCAACCAUCCGCGUACGAUCCAGCAAGCCGAGGGUUAUGUGGUUCAUAUGUCGGUCUCGUCUAGAUGGCGUGUACUUUACAGAUCCGUCGGAGUACCCCGACGACAUUUGGUCCGUGGCUGCAGUCGACUCAACGCAGAACUGAAGGGUCGUCGCUUAGGUUCAACCAGUACCACAGAGGCAUCGGUGGCAUCCAGUGGAAAGACGACUGCUGUGCCCCCGACAGCAUUGCCUUUCACUACGUUAGCCCUGACUACAUGCUCCAUAUCGAACGACAAUUGUAUACGUGUCGAGCAAGCGGCGCCACCAGCCUGCGACAAGCAUCCAUGCCAGUCGGCGACCACGGCCCCAUUGCCCAAGAUGUUGUAUUUAGCUGAUUGGGCUACUGAACAAGAACGCCUCGUUGCCACCUCAAGCUUGCUUAGAAUUGCCUCGGAUUGAUAGUCUGUGAUGUUUUCAUGUCCGAUCAAGGGUAGCCGUCUUCGAUGGCAUGUCCUGACCAGUGAAGUGAUGGACACGCCAUUCCAUUCGAUAAUGUCGAACUCAUUUCAUCUCUUAAGCGC